GAAGAGCUUCCAUUUAUUCCACGAGUUUGAUAAAGAAUAUCCAUUGAGAGUCUUCUCUCAUGGCCUCUUGGAUACCUUCCUACUUUACACGCAUACUUCCCGGAAUAAUAAACCAAAAACCCAACUCAUCUCUUUCCUACAAGCCACCAUUAUUAAUGUAGUAGUAUUUAACUUCACCCCCAAUCAAUCAUCAUGUCCAUUUCUUCUCUCUCUAUAAAUCUCACUCUCUCUCCUCCUUUCUUCUACGCCUCUUCCUCUCCCUUUCCCUCCGCCGUUGCUUCUUCUUCAGAUACACCACCAUUUUUUCUGAGAGUCUCUUGUCUGUGUCCUUCCAGAACACAACCCAUUAGCCUACUAUGCACACAGACUCGAUCUUUGCAAUCUAGAAGAAAACCCAAGAGUGGGAGGUUGAGACAGAGACCUUUUAUUGCAGCUAGCAACAUGACCAUCACAGAGGUCAGGGAAGAAGAAGAAGAGGAAAAUCCUCCUCCAUUGCUUGAAUCGGAAAUCAAUUCAAAGCCUCGGCGUAUCGCUCUCUUUGUCGAGCCCUCUCCCUUUUCUUAUGUGUCUGGGUAUAAAAAUCGGUUCCAGAAUUUUAUUAGGUAUCUGCGCGAAAUGGGGGAUGAGGUGAUGGUUGUGACAACGCAUGAAGGAGUUCCUCAGGAAUUUUAUGGAGCAAAACUGAUUGGAUCACGAAGCUUCCCUUGUCCAUGGUACUCAAAGGUGCCCCUUUCCCUAGCACUAAGCCCUAGAAUAAUCUCAGCAGUUGCUGAGUUCAAGCCUGACAUAAUACACGCAUCAUCCCCUGGUAUUAUGGUGUUUGGUGCUCUCAUUAUUGCAAAACUAUUGUGUGUCCCUUUAGUUAUGUCUUAUCACACACACGUUCCAGUGUACAUACCAAGAUACACUUUUAGUUGGCUGGUCAAACCUAUGUGGUUGGUCAUAAAAUUUCUUCACCGAGCAGCUGAUCUAACGCUGGUGCCAUCAGCUGCCAUUGGAAAGGAUCUUGAAGCAGCUAGGGUAACGGCAGCUAAUAAGAUUCGUCUCUGGAAUAAGGGUGUUGAUUCUGAAAGCUUCCACCCCAGAUAUCGGUCUCAUGAAAUGCGAGUAAGACUAAGCAAUGGUGAACCUGAGAGACCAUUAAUAGUCCAUGUUGGACGGAUAGGAGUUGAGAAGAGUUUGGAUUUCCUUAAAAGCGUCAUGGAUAGGCUUCCGGAUGCACGAAUUGCUUUUAUUGGGGAUGGUCCAUACAGGGAAGAGCUGGAAAAACUAUUUCGUGGCAUGCCUGCAGUAUUCACAGGAACGUUACAAGGUGAGGAGCUCUCUGAAGCAUAUGCCAGUGGUGAUGUUUUUGUAAUGCCCUCAGAAUCGGAAACGCUUGGGCUUGUUGUUUUGGAGGCCAUGUCCUCGGGACUUCCUGUGGUGGCUGCUCGAGCAGGGGGAAUCCCAGAUAUCAUUCCUGAAGAUCACGAGGAUAAAACUGGGUAUCUCUUUAAACCUGGAGAUCUUGAUGACUGCUUAAGCAAAUUGGCUCCUCUUUUACGUGACCGUCAAUUAAGAGAAACUAUUGGCAAAGCUGCACGGCUGGAGAUGGAGAAGUAUGAUUGGAAGGCAGCCACCAAAGUAAUACGCAAUGAACAAUACAAUGCUGCCAUUUGGUUCUGGCGGAAGAAGAGAGCACAGUUACUGAGACCUUUCCAGUGGUUGGCAAAGCGUAUUUUCCAGUCACCAGAGGUUAACUACAGGUGAUGCAUUUAUGUCGUGGUGUUCCAACACUGGUAGUUCAUUAAGUAAUUUUGGGCUCGCUUCUGGGAAUAUUGUGUGAUUGAUUGGUUACUCAUGUCAAUAUGUCAAUUUGUUUAAUAGGGACCACAAAAUUUGGUCACUGUUGUUUCAUUUCAUUGGAAAUUCAUUGAUUUAAAAGUAAUUUCUGUGUAAUAAACAUUGGAACUUUAGCAUUUAUAUAAAUUGUUUUUGGCAUGCAA